AUGCCUCGAGCUGGCUUUAGCGAUUUUGACUUUGACAUUCAUGUCGACCCAUCCUGCCUGCGCACGCCCAUGGAAGACCACACACCUGCCUCCCAGGACGACAGCUACAGGGCCGAACCCGCAACGCCAGCAACCGAUGGUACGAGCCAUCAGCACGAGAAGGCUGGUCUCGUAGCCAGUUUGCCCCAUCAGUCACAGGACGACAGCCUCGACAUGUCAGCCCACGACCCGUCCAUCGACACGGCAGACUUCGCAGACCACGACGACCGCCGCGUCUCGGGUCGAACCGACGCCCUCAUCCACGCCGCCGCCCAAGCAGUCGUCCAUCAGAUCGAGCGCAACCGCCAUGGCGAGACGGAGGAGGAACACUCUGUGCUGAGCUCCCACGUCAAUGACAAUGACACGGUGGAGGGGACCGAGGUCAGCUACGUCACCGAGACGGACGGUGACCGCCGAGACUCGCGCGACUCUCGCAACUCGCGCGGAUCCUUCGUCUCGGAAUCACAGGCCAGCCGCCACGACAGUGAUUCGCAUGACGACCGCGCCGGCGACAGCUCUUCACACCACGAGGCCGACUCGGAAGUGUUCAGCGACCGCAGCGCCCGGAGCUCGCUCGGCUCCUUCGAAGGAUCUCUGCACAAUGGCAUGAAGCUCCUCAAGAGGAGCCAACACGUCGACGACGAAGACGAGACGCGCACCGAGCACUCCCGUAUCUCGGACUUCUCCCAUUACGACCCACGAGAAUUCCAACCUACACUCCGAAGCACCCCACGCCCAGCGUUCCACUCCACCUCAGACGUCCGCGCCCUCCAAAUGUCCUCGCCUGCUCCCUCGGUCUUUGGUGGCUCCCCUCGAUCCUCGAAACGCCCCCACAUGCCCACCAUCUCCCGCCUCGGCAGCCCCUCCAUGUCGGCCCAGUAUUCACCCAAGGGCCGCACCACGCCUUCCCGCCUGAAGCCCCGCAAGACGACGCCCCCGCUCGUGCUCCUGCACGCCACACUGUUGCCGCUACGUUGGCCCUGGGCCGAUGUCCUCGAGGCAGCACCGUCGGACGUUCUCUCUCCCGAGGCCAAAACCUUGCGUGACUACUGGCGCCGCCUGCACGACCGCCUCGACGACACCGUCUGCGACCGCGGCGUCCUUCUACCCCACCCUCAGAACGACUUUGAAGUCCUCGAGGAGCGUCUGCUGGACGCCCUCGACUUGCCCCUUCGCCGCCGUGCCCGAAUCCUCGAGUGCGGACAUUAUCUCGGGCCUUCCAACGAGGCAACCCUCACCGAAGAUCUCGACAGUGAGGAGGAGGACGAGCCGGAGCUCCGCUCUCGCCAGAGCAGUUCACUCCCGAGGAAGAGCCUGCACGGGCAGACGCACUGGUGCACCACCUGCCAUCACGAGAUCAAGUUUGAGCCCCUGGGCCCCGGCAAGAUCUUCCGCGUCAAGGUGUACGCCAGCAACGGUCUCAUAAAGGCGGGUGCCUGGGACGCCUGCUGGAAGGAGAUGGAGCGUGUCGACGUUGAGAUAGAGCCCAUCAUCGAGGGUGGCGUGCUGGACGAGCUGGAAAGACUUGCCAUCGAGCAACGAGAGGCUGCCGAAGCCGCCGAGCGCGAGGCUGACGAGGCCGCUGCAGCCGAGGCCGCCGAGGCUGCCCUCAUCGAGAGCUCCAUGAUGGAGAAUGGCUACACUGAGCAUGCUGCUCUGCCAGCUCUGGCCAUGGCAUCACCCCUCCCGGCCAUCAGCCCUGCUGAGCCAACACCGCUCUCCUCGGAUACCGUCUCCCGUCAUGACCAGCUCGAGGAGCGUCGUUUCCGUGACGAAGCCCGUAUGCGCGAAAUCUACGGCGACACCCCUCAGCCAACCAUGUCUCACGCAGGAUCAACCGAGCCGACUCCGGACAGCUAUAUCCCGGGCCCUACCCCCGUCUCGCCGUCAGAAGAAGCCCGUGCCCGACGUGAAGCAAGGCGUGAGGCCGCUCCACCGCCCCUUCAGAACGCUUCUCUCCCCGAGCUCCUCCUCGAGGCCGCACGCGUGAUGCUGCAGGAUCGGAAGAAUGUGGCUCUCGUGCUCUUGACCUUGCUCGUCCUCUUCUUGGCUGUCAAGCCGCCUGUCCGCGAUGACAUGCGCAUGUACGAUUGGGAGAGCAAAAUACCUCACAACGAUGCUGGCAUGCCCGAGGUCGUCGAGAUCAAGACAGUGGCCGCAGCACCGGCAAUCCAGCCAGUCGUGGAACCUGCUGUUCAACCUGUCGUGGAACCGGCCGACGCAUCCUCAUCCGCAGUGGUCGAGCCGAACACGGCACAGGAUCCCUGCCAGACGCCCAGCGCAGCCACCGCUGCCGACGUCAGGCCUGAGGCUGGCGCUCCGGUCGACGAAACUGUCACCUCCCGCGAAGUCGUCCGUGUCGUCGAGACGGUCACAGAGACCGAGACCGUCAAGGCCUUUGUCACAGAGGAAGCACCGUCCCCCUCGACGGUGCCCACCGAAGCUGCGCAGCCUGCACCAGAGGAAGAGCAGGUCCAACUCGAGCACAAGGACGCUUCAGGAAGCGGCUCGUCCGGCGACGCGCCAGCGGCGUCUGUCGUCGACGGCGAGGACGAUGCAGAACCGCGACUCGUACCCGAAGAGGUCGAGGCGUCUAGCCUAGCGUUCGAGCCCGAGGUCGACACCGAAGCCGAGACUGGCUCUGCCGACGAUACCGUCAAGCAGCAGCGCCAGGAGGAGCAGCAUGGCGAGCAGGACAAGCAGGAGCUGUAA